AAGAAAGGAAAAAGAAGCAUCGUUAGGGAUCUUUUUAAAAAAAUAAGUGGUGGAUAUUGCGAGUGUCCCAGUAGUGCUCGUAUGGUCUUGCGAACUCGUCAUUCUUGAAAAAGAAAACGAUCGCUGGGAGUGUGAGCGGCGAACUGUUCAGAAGAAGAAGAAGAAAAAAAAAAAGAAGUGAGAUUUGUGGGGGGUAGAGAUUAUCAUUAUAUUUUGAGUCCGGGAAGCCGGAGGAAGGAAGGAAAUUUCGUUGAAUGUUGGACACGUGUGGUUCCGUCCGACUUCCGCCCAACUUCUGCGCCGACCGAUGCGGGAGGAACGAAUGUAGCCAGGUGGAGCCCGACUGCGAGACGGUCAUGCUGUGCACGCUCAAUUCCGCCUGGUACUCCAGAUUGCCAGAAAAUGUCUUCUUCCAGCCGCACCUGGCCUCGCUGAUACGCGGAGGGGAGCUGAGAAGAAAGCGGGGUGGCGAAAAGAAAAGCAAAAGCAAAAAAAAAAAGUUGGGAGUCGCCGAAGAAGAAUCCAUUGCUGACGUGUGGCGCGGGGGCGGCUGA